AUGCUUUGCUUUAAAACCUAAAUUAAAAAUUUCUUAAGGUAUUUAAAAUUCAUUUUAAUGUGAUAGGGAUAUUAAAUUUAAUGAAUCAAGAUAACUCUAAAUUAAUAAUCACCCUUUUGGGAGCAGUUAAUAAAGCUUGACGUUCAUGUAUUAAUUAUAAUACUGUAAAAAAUAAAUAAUGGUAUAAGUUAUUAAUAAUAUAGUUUGAUUACUAUAUUCAAAUGAUUAAGGUAAAUAAAGGAGAUUACCAUAUUUUAGUAAAAUUGAUAAAAUAGAUAAUUUAGAUUUAAUACUAAUAACACAUUUUUAUCUGA